UGGGAGUGGAUUAGAUAUUCUUCAACAAGGUGGAGUACUCACAGUAGAACAGGCUCGUCCUUCACACUCUGGAGAGUGGGAGUGUAUCGCCAGCACUGCCUGGGGGGAGGAUACAAUACUAUACUGGCUCUCCGUACCCUCCAGGAGACACGCGAAGAAACCCUGUAGUGUCAGGGUUCCUCCAGUCAUCACGGAGAUAAUCAGCACCUCCAACACCAGCGUGGUGUUGGAGUGGGACGUGCUGAACUUCAACAGCAGCUGCUUCCAGGAGUUCAUGAUCUUCUGGUGGAGUAAGGAAGAAGACUCCACUCAUGACAACCAAACUAUUGAGCUUAAACAUAGAAAAGCCACAAUUAUUGGCUUGAAGCCCGACGUGGCGUAUUAUUUUCAAGUUAAUCUAGUCCGAGACAGAUCAUUAAAGGAUUAUAUGUAUGGUCAGACAAAGUCUCACAUGAUGCAAUUUACAGAGAAGAGCGAACUGUCCUCGGAUUCUAAUCCCAAGGCUGUGAUAAUUAUUGUUAUAAUAGUGAUUGUACUCCUCCUCACCCUCCUAGUCCUUCUUUAUAUCAAGCGUGACAGGGUCUCGAAGUUCCUAGCUCAGAGAACCAAGACGAGAAAACACAGUGAGUUCUCGGAGUUUAGUUCUAAGCUCGUAGCAAACCCUGAUUUCAUGGCGAGUUUAGCUCCACAGUGGCCGGAACCUGAACCUGAACCUUCAGAAGCACAUGCUUUCAUCCAACAUCAGAGACAGACGUCUAGAAGGAACAGUAAAACCUCAAUAACAAGUUCUUGGUCAUCACUUUUCAACGUGGAGAAUCUCUCCGCUAUAGAAAUGGAAAACCAAAACCAUAAAGGAGGUUCUAGGAGGAAUAAUAUAUCCUGAUAUCCUAGAUCAGAACUGCUAGGACGGAUCUUGAAGGAAUAAUAUAUCCUGAUAUCCUAGAUCAGAACUACUAGUACGGAUCUAGAAGGAAUAAUAUAUCCUGAUAUCCUAGAUCAGAACAUCUAGGAGGAAUAAUAUAUCCUGAUAUCCAAGAUCAAAACAUCUAGGAGGAAUAAUAUAUUCUGAUAUCCUAGAUCAGAACAUCUAGGAGGAAUAAUUUAUUCUGAUAUCCUAGAUCAAAACAUCUAGGAGGAACAAUAUAUUCUGAUAUCCUAGAACAGAACAUCUAGGAGGAAUAAUAUAUUCUGAUAUCCUAGAUCGGAAAAUCUAGGAGGAAUAAUAUAUUCUGAUAUCCUAGAUCAGAACCAUCUAGGAGGAAUAAUAUAUUCUGAUAUCCUAGAUCAGAACUACUAGUACGGAUCUAGAAGGAAUAAUAUAUCCUGAUAUCCUAGAUCAGAAUCUAGGAGGAAUAAUAUAUUCUGAUAUCCUAGAUCAGAACCAUCUAGGAGGAAUAAUAUAUUCUGAUAUCCUAGAUCAGAACCAUCUAGGAGGAAUAAUAUAUUCUGAUAUCCUAGAUCAGAACCAUCUAGGAGGAAUAAUAUAUUCUGAUAUCCUAGAUCAGAACAUCUAGGAGGAACAAUAUAUUCUGAUAUCCUAGAUCAGAACAUCUAUGAGGAAUAAUAUAUUCUGAUAUUCUAGAUCAGAACAUCUAUGAGGAAUAAUAUAUUCUGAUAUUCUAGAUCAGAACAUCUAUGAGGAAUAAUAUAUUCUGAUAUCCUAGAUCAGAACAUCUAGGAGGAAUAAUAUAUUCUGAUAUCCUAGAUCAGAACAUCUAUGAGGAAUAAUAUAUCCUUAUCUUGAAUAGUUAAUAUCCUAGUAAAGAAUUACAAUCAGAGCCUAAAGGGUGGAUAACUAUUGAAUUUGUAAACGAUAAAAUAUCCAACUAUUGAACUGUGAAUAGAAUAUCAGGUUUUCUUCCAUACUCUGAAUACCGUGAAGUGUAUACACCAAAUUCAAAUCUCUUACAAAGAUCUAGACUCUUCAGAAAACCUGAAUUUAAUUUUAAUCUCAAAAUGGAAAAUUAAAACUUAUUUAUUUUUGUUUACAUUUUUUGGUUAUUUUUAUAUAUUAUGAUUCAAGUCAUUUUAUGAUGUUUUAUGAUGUUCUAUAAUGUUAACCUCCGAAUCUUUUUAUUAUUUUAACAUAAUACAAGGUCUGAUUGAGUCUUUAUUUAACAAUGUAUAAAUCAUAUCACACGUAUUUUUUUGUUAUUUUAAUCUGAUAUUUCAUUUUUUAAUCUUGAAAUAAAUGCAACAUAU